AUGUCUGCUUUACCGGAGGAAGUUAAUAGCACCUUGUUGCAAAUAGUGCAGGCUUUUGCUUCUCCAGAUAAUCAAAUACGUUCUGUGGCUGAAAAGGCUCUUAGUGAAGAAUGGAUUACCGAAAAUAACAUCGAGUACCUUUUGACCUUUCUGGCUGAACAAGCCGCCUUCUCUCAAGAUACAACAGUGGCAGCAUUGUCCGCUGUUCUGUUCAGAAAACUAGCAUUAAAAGCUCCUCCUUCUUCGAAGCUUAUGAUUAUGUCCAAAAAUAUAACACAUAUUAGAAAAGAAGUUCUUGUACAAAUUCGUUCCUCCUUGUUGAAAGGGUUUUUGUCGGAAAGACCUGAUUCAAUCAGACACAAAUUAUCUGAUGCAAUUGCUGAAUGCGUUCAGGACGACUUACCUGCAUGGCCGGAAUUAUUGCAAGCUUUAAUAGAGUCUUUAAAAAGCGGUAACCCAAAUUUUAGAGAAUCCAGUUUUAGAAUUUUAACCACUGUACCCUAUUUGAUUACUGCCGUUGACAUCAACAGCAUCCUACCAAUUUUCGAAUCCGGUUUCACUGAUGCAAGCGAUAAUGUUAAAAUCGCUGCCGUAACUGCAUUUGUAGGCUAUUUUAAACAACUACCAAAAUCAGAAUGGUCCAAAUUAGGAAUUUUAUUACCAAGCCUUUUAAACAGUUUGCCAAGGUUUUUAGAUGAUGGUAAGGACGACGCUCUUGCAUCAGUUUUUGAAUCAUUGAUCGAGUUAGUGGAAUUGGCACCAAAGUUAUUCAAAGAUAUGUUUGACCAAAUAAUACAAUUCACUGAUAUGGUCAUAAAAAAUAAAGAUUUGGAGCCUCCAGCAAGAACUACUGCUCUGGAAUUAUUAACUGUAUUUAGCGAGAACGCUCCUCAAAUGUGUAAAUCGAACCCAAAUUAUGGACAGAUUUUAGUGAUGGACACUUUAAUCAUGAUGACAGAGGUAUCUGUAGAUGAUGACGAUGCUACAGAAUGGAUGGAAUCCGAUGAUACCGACGACGAAGAGGAAGUUACGUAUGAUCACGCUCGUCAAGCUCUUGAUCGUGUUGCUUUAAAACUUGGUGGCGAAUAUUUGGCUGCACCAUUGUUUCAAUAUUUACAGCAAAUGAUUACAUCAACUGAAUGGAGAGAGAGAUUUGCAGCUAUGAUGGCCCUAUCCUCUGCAGCUGAAGGUUGUGCUGAUGUACUAAUAGGCGAGAUCCCAAAAAUCCUAGAUAUGGUUGUUCCCCUAAUAAAUGACCCUCAUCCAAGAGUACAAUACGGAUGUUGUAACGUUUUGGGUCAAAUAUCUACUGAUUUCUCACCGUUCAUUCAAAGAACCGCCCACGAUAGAAUUUUGCCGGCCUUGAUAUCAAAACUAACUUCAGAAUGCACCUCAAGAGUUCAAACACAUGCAGCAGCAGCUCUGGUCAACUUUUCUGAAUUUGCUUCAAAAGACAUUCUUGAGCCUUAUUUGGAUAGUCUAUUGGCAAAUCUUCUGGUUUUAUUACAAAGCAACAAACUUUACGUACAAGAACAGGCUUUGACAACCAUUGCAUUUAUUGCUGAAGCGGCAAAGAAUAAGUUUAUCAAGUACUACGAUACCUUAAUGCCAUUGUUAUUGAAUGUUUUGAAAGUAAACAACAAAGAUAAUAGUAUUUUGAAAGGUAAGUGUAUGGAAUGCGCUACUCUGAUUGGUUUUGCGGUUGGUAAAGAAAAAUUUCAUGAACAUUCUCAAGAGCUAAUUUCUAUUUUGGUCGCCUUACAAAACUCAGAUAUUGAUGAAGAUGAUGCUCUCAGAUCAUACCUAGAACAAAGCUGGAGUAGAAUUUGUCGAAUUCUAGGAGAUGAUUUUGUUCCUUUGCUGCCGAUUGUUAUACCACCUUUACUUAUCACUGCUAAAGCAACACAGGAUGUUGGCUUAAUUGAAGAGGAGGAAGCAGCAAAUUUUCAGCAAUAUCCUGAUUGGGAUGUCGUCCAAGUCCAAGGCAAACACAUUGCUAUUCACACAUCUGUUCUUGACGAUAAAGUAUCAGCUAUGGAACUAUUGCAAAGCUAUGCGACACUUUUACGUGGGCAGUUUGCUAUAUAUGUUAAAGAAGUAAUGGAGGAAAUAGCUUUACCAUCCCUUGACUUUUACUUACAUGACGGUGUUCGUGCUGCUGGAGCAACUUUAAUCCCUAUUCUUUUGUCUUGUUUGCUUGCAGCCACUGGUACUAAAAAUGAGGAGUUGGUGUUAUUAUGGCACAAAGCUUCUUCCAAAAUAAUUGGUGGAUUAAUGUCGGAACCAAUGCCAGAAAUUACGCAGGUGUAUCAUAACUCUUUAGUUAACGGUAUUAAAGUCAUGGGCGAAAAUUGUUUAAGCGAAGACCAACUAGCAGGAUUUACGAAAGGUAUCUCUGCCAACUUAACCGACACUUUCGAAAGAAUGCAGGAACGCCACGGCGAUGGUGACGAAUAUAAUGAAAAUGUUGAUGAAGAGGAAGAUUUCACGGACGAAGAUCUCCUUGACGAAAUCAACAAAUCUAUUGGAGCUGUUUUGAAAGCUACAAAUGGUCAUUAUUUAAAGCAUUUGGAAAAUAUAUGGUCUAUGAUAAACACUUUUUUAUUAGACAGUGAGCCAAUUUUAGUCAUAUUUGCAUUAGUAGUAAUCGGUGAUUUGAUACAAUAUGGGGGUGAACAAACUGCGAGUAUGAAGAACGCGUUUAUACCAAAAGUUACUGAGUGCUUGAUUUCUUCUGACACUCGUAUUCGUCAAGCUGCUUCUUAUAUAAUCGGUGUUUGUGCCCAAUAUGCCCCUUCUACAUAUGCUGACGUUUGCAUACCGACUUUAGACACACUUGUCCAGAUUGUCGAUUUUCCAGGUUCUAAGUUGGAAGAAAAUCGUUCUUCCACCGAGAAUGCCAGUGCAGCCAUCGCCAAAAUUCUUUAUGCAUACAACUCCAACAUUUCCAACGUGGAUACAUACACGGCGAAUUGGUUUAAAACGUUACCAACAAUUGCUGACAAAGAAGCCGCCUCAUUUAACUACCAAUUUUUAAGCCAAUUGAUUGAAAAUAAUUCACCAGUCAUAUGCGCUCAAUCUAAUAUCCCCGCAGUAGUUGAUUCGGUUAUACAGGCCUUAAAUGAGAGAAGUUUGACUGAAAGGGAGAGCCAAACUCUGGUAAAUUCAGUCAAGAAAUUGUUAUCAUUUUUGCCUUCUAAUGACGCUAUGGCAAUUUUCAACAGAUAUCCAGCUGAUGUUAUGGAGAAAGUACAUAAAUGGUUUGCAUGA